CCUUUCUCAAAAAAAGACAAACACUAGCGGAUUUUUGGCUCCAAUUCCAUUCUAUUCGCGAUUAACCUUCUUUCCCCUCGUCCCUUCCCCCCCUCCCUUCUCGUCUUUAGAAUUCAUUUGGAUGAUUUUCCAAUCCAUUAAAUCCCUUGCGUGGCCGUUGAACCACUUGCAUCGAAUCCCUUCAUCUUGACUGGACGAGCGGGAAAUUUCCCAGUUACUUUCCUGAGGGCAACAACGGGCAGGGUGCAGCGCGCUAGCGGUUUGUUUUUCUGCUUCCUUUUUCUUGUCUGGUUCUUGUAGUACUUUCUACUGUACUCUUCUUCCUGCAGAGGUCGUCAUGACAGUUGCCGCGCCACCUGUGGCUCCGGUCCAUGAAAAUGGACUCAACGGAGUUCCGCAUGGACACCAUGUGAACAUGAGCCUGCCACGUUUCCAUCCAAUCGCCAUGAACCCGACUCAGAUUGCACACCAUGAACACAUCAUGCAAAAUCACCAUCACUUCCGACCCUUCCAACCUCCACCUAUGCAAGAGCCGGGUCCUCCGGCGCCGCCACCACCGCAUCAUCCGGUGAACAUAGACCACAUCGAGGCCCGCCUAAGGCAAUUGGAGCACGAAGAAGCAUCGCGUAUGGCAGCUCGUAGCCAUCUACUUGCCAUUCGAAAGCGAGAGGACGAAGAUUAUCGUAGGAUGACCGAAAAUGCCGAAGCCGAAGAAGAGGACCUACGUAGGCAACGAAAACGCCUGAAGCGGGAGUCGAUGGGACUGGGAUUUAAUGCAGGCAUGGAUUCUCCGCCUCUUCGCCCGACGCCGCCGCGUCGUCUCUCGGAGACCAAUGCGGCCACCACCCUUGCGUUCUUCAAGCAGCAAAGUCCUCCAGAGCCCCGGCCAAUUCCUCCACCGCCAGUUCAAGCACCCCCGCCUCAUCCUCCGCCGCAGCACAUUCCUCACGAUCCGACGGGCGCGACCUCGAUCCGACGGAAACAGAAAUAUACCAUUAAGAACGUGGAAGCGUGGGGGGAACGCCAUGGACGGCCGGCGGCACAUGAUCCUUCCGGACGAGCCCUGUGGAAGCGACCGUCGGACGGGAGUCUGGUGUAUCUGACGUGCCCGGUGUCCGGCUGUGGCAAGUCGGAUUUCGUAACCCUCCACGGGUUCAUGUGCCAUCUGACCAAGAAGCACAAGGACCGCAGUUUGGGGAGUCAGUCCCGCGCCCUCGAGGUCUGUGGGAUCGUCUACGAUCCGAACGCUCCUCUGCCUCCGAUGUCCACGGUGAAUCGUGCAUCAACCGAGGAAAGUCGUCUGGAAUCGGCCCCCACCGACCCGGAGGGCUACCAGCAAGAGGUGGAUUAUUCUUCGGGCUCCGAGGAGGAGGAAACACCAGAGAAGCCUUGCCUCGUGAAGACCGAAUCCUCAGACCGGCCGUUGCCCAUUCCCGCCGCGUCUCUGCCGGCCGAAGAGGACCGAAAUAAGGCGCCCAAUCCCACCCCCAACACCUCCACGAAGCAGUCCAUCUCUUCCAUCAUUGACCGGGACCCCGAAGACGAUGCUCGCGAGCGGAUAAACUCCAUCCCUCGUCCUCUUGAGACCGUAUCCCGAGCCUCUCCCGAGCCACCACGCCCUACCUUGGACGAGGCUGAAAUGCCUCGACACCGAGAACGAGACCUCGAAACCGAGCGCAGCAGCGUGUUGAAAGAAACCGCUGAGGCUAGAUAAUCAAUGCAAGAGAAGAAACAAAAAACAAACACAACGUAUUCAAAAAUUGGUCUCCCUUUGCCUAUCCAGCAUUUGUUUCCUCGUUUUCUUCCCCUGAGGACCAAAACACCUACAUCAUUUGCAUCCCUCCCUCCACCACACAACUCCACCUCGCAUAGUAUGAGCAUGCUUUAGCCUUCGUUCUCCGUUUGCCGCUUUGCAUCAAUACCCUUCCAUUCAUCGUGCAUUUAUGGGUGGUCCUUUGUAUGUUUUAUAAUAGUGUAAUGCCUCUCUCUCUCUCUUAUAUAUCACCUUGGUGGUUAUAUUGUCACUUUAUAUUUAAUUAUGCUAUGGAUUGAGGUGCCAAUUCAAUUUGAGCGUUAUUUAUGGACACUCGUGUAGAUGGUCACGGCAGGACAUUUUCUAGAUAGGACUCGAUCCGGUGCUCAUCACCUAAGACUGAUAUUCGAGAUCAUUCCAUUCUAGGCAUUGAAGAGUCAUCUGUGAGCCACUACCUACAACUAGACAUAGUCAACAUAAC